AUCGAUGAUGUCAGAGCGCAAGCUAAACGACGAUACGAUGCUCGCCAUGCUAGUCCAAAGAUCUACAAGCCAGGUGACCUAGUGCUAACAACGGACGAGCCGAUAAGUACAGGUACCUCCCGGAAAUUAGAACACCGUUACAAAGGACCAUUCAUAAUCCGCGAAGUCCUUCCAAACAACCGGUAUGUGAUCGAAGAUUUACCACAUGCCCAGCGAACGCAAUGCCAUUACACAUCAGUAUUCGCAUCAGAUCAGCUAAAACUUUGGUGUAUAUUACCACCUGAUGAUUUCGACGACGAUGACUGUAUGGGCGACACUUCGGGCGAGGGCGCUCCGAAAGGUCGGAAAGCCGGCUGUAAGCGAUGGUAACGCAGACACAGCUGUCAGAAUCCAGCGAGUGAGUAGACAGACUCGAGAGAACGAAACGUGCCGCGGUAUCAAGAACAUCGGGAAAUACUUUUAUACUUUCAAUUUAUAUUUUUCAUAAUCAUACUAUGUCAUUCUUAAU